CUUUAAUCAUGGUUUAAUGUGAAUUCUCUCACAGCGAUACCCGCUACACCAAAACCCCUUCUUUUUUUUUUCAGAGCAAGUCUAUGGCAUGAUUGUUAAUAAAAUACCCUUAUCCCCCCUCCCCUACUCUCUCACACACACUUACUCUCCCUUACCCCUCUUUUUUAAUAAUUUUUUUUUUUUUUCAAACACAAGAAAGUGUAGCACAAAGCUUUUCUCUAAAAAGAAACAGAGCAUACUUUUUAUUUAUUUAUUUUCUUUCUUUCUAAUCUUUCUACAUGAGUGCUCAAGUGAAAAAGUCGAGCUCAGAAGUAACCCAUCGACGAAAGUCAAGCUCCAUCUCUACCACCAACCGAAAAGACGGUGUCAGUCGUCGAGCAUCGGAACGUCAACAAGUGCUAAAGAUUCAGAAUUAUGUAAUCUAUCGAAAAACCAUUGGCGCUGGAUCGAUGGGCAAAGUCAAACUGGCCGAAUGUCUUGAUGACACUCACAAGCAGAAAUAUGCUGUUAAAAUCAUGCCCAAAGUCGAUUUGGUUGCUUUACCGAAUAAACCCACAAAGCCAAAAGACCCUAAAGACACACCAGAGGAACGAGAGCAACGCACAAUCCGAGAAAUGGCAAUUAUGCGUUUAUUGAGACACCCCAAUAUUUGUCAGUUGAAGGAAUACAUUGCCGAAGGCGAUAAAUAUUACAUGUUUCUGGAAUAUGUCGAUGGUGGUCAGCUAUUAGAUUAUAUCAUCAAGCAUGGCAAAUUACGAGAAAAGCAAGCACGAAAAUUUGCUCGACAGAUUGUGAGUGCACUAGAUUACUGUCAUAGAAAUUCAAUUGUUCACAGAGAUUUGAAAAUUGAGAAUAUUCUCAUCACCCAAUCUGAGCAGUUAAAGAUCAUUGAUUUUGGUCUGUCCAACGUGUAUUCACCCACUGAGCAAUUAAAUACCUUUUGUGGCUCACUCUACUUUGCUGCGCCCGAGUUGCUCAAAGCCAAAGAAUACACAGGUCCCGAAGUAGAUGUCUGGAGUUUUGGUGUCGUCUUGUACGUGCUUGUCUGUGGACGCGUGCCAUUCGAUGAUACCAAUUUACCUGCUUUACAUGAAAAGAUCAAGUCGGGUGUGGUGGAAGAGUACCCAGACCAUCUCAGUAAAGAAUGUCUCGACCUCUUAUCCAAGAUCUUUGUUGUGAACCCAAAGGAACGUAUCACCUUAUCAGCCAUUCAAGCCCAUCCCUGGAUGAACAAAGGUUAUGAAGAACCCAUCAAAAAUUACCUGCCUCAUCGCCAGCCAUUAGAAUCCAUUGAUAUGGAGAUCGUACAAGGCAUGCACGGCUUUGGCCUGGGUCAACCCGAUGCCAUCCAUGCAAAAUUACAGAAAAUUGUUUCGUCUGCCGCUUACCAGGUCGCUGCCCUGAAAAUCGAUCAAAAUUUCCAAAAAAAAGUAAACGAUGAUCAAUCACUGGCUGCCAAACCACGUUGGAGACGCACCUUAUCCACCAAACGAAAAGUUCAAGUACAUGAUGAUUUCCAGUCUUUACCGGCCAUGUAUGAUCCCUUGGUGUCGAUUUAUUAUCUCGUCAAAGAACGAAAGGAAUCUGAUAUGCGAAAGACCAUGUUGUUAAAUGCAGAAAGUUCUCCCAUCACCAUCAGCAGAUCGACCAGUACCUUGGUAACAAAUACACCCCCCAUAGCAACGCAAUCUCCUUUAGUAAGAAGACGUACAUUUGACGCCAGCAAGAAAUUGCCCGAAUUACCUGCUGCAGCUACUGCUGCUGGUGGUGGUGUUAAUAUCGCCAGUGAAAAGAAAAAGGCGAGCAACCGAUUGUCCAUGUCGUUUGAUUUAUUUAAUAAAGCACCCCAUCCAACCCCUUCCAAGAGCGAGACAACACCUGCGCGAAGAACAACGUUAUUAAGACAAAAGAGUUUGCAGACCAUGAAAAAGUUUGGACUGAAAUUACAUGGAGGGUCUUCUUCCCGUUCAGCCACAGCGACACCCGCAACCGAGGGAGACAAUCUAUCCUCGUCUUCUUCCACCACUACAAAUGAAACAAGUAGUAAGAAUCGACCGAGUAGUAUUCACAGUAGCAGUAAAUCACAUUGGCUCAAAUUGGAUUUGAAUAAUAAAAACAAUGGGAGUCAGUCAGCAGAGAAACGGCAAUCAGGAACAUCCACCGCGAGUAGUAAUCAAACGAAUAGUCGACCUGCGUGGAGAAAGAUGUCUAUCAGUAGCAGUAGAGCCAAGCGUCUUUCCAUUGAUAAUUCCACAGGUAAUUUACCAACACCUGUGGAUCCUAUGCUUACAAGUUCUGAGAUUGCGAAUAACGAGGUGCCCGUUGUUAAAGUAGAUCCACCCACGUUACGAAUCACACCUAGUAAGUCCGAGGGUGUGUCAUUCCGAAACAAGAAACGAUCGGAGCAACCCAAGAGCCUAUUUCAUUUCAACCGAGCCCAUUUGUUCCGUGUGACACCAGACGAGAUGAUGAUGACAUUACAGAAAGUGUUAACGAGUCUAAAGAUCCAGUGCAAGGAGACGGGGUUAUUUACGUUACGCUGUCAGUGUUCUUCAGCGGUAUGGACACGGUUUGUAAAUACGAGCAUGUCGGUUAGAGAUGAAUCGUUGGUACGAGACAGUGUAGUGUAUGAGGACGAUCCCAACAACUUGGAAUUCACUGUGAUGGUGUAUGAAGCAAGGUGGGCAGGCGGCAAAAUCGGGUUUAAAAUGAAGGACGAUGAGAACUACGCCAAUGUCACCAUUCAAUUAUAUAUCAAGCAAAUUUCGAAAAAUAUUUACAAUAGCUUAUUGAAUGAAAUUGGCCACAUAUACCAUUCUACUUAAAAAAAAACCUUAUUUAUUAUUUGCCCUUCUCUCAUAUUAUAUAUAUACUUCUUAAUGUACAACAAUGUUUACAGUUGUUUUGAAAUAAAAUCAUAUCCCCAUCUUUAUUAAGAGUCACUUGUUACGCUAG